GUUUACAAUUACAAUCAUAGUAGAGCAAACCCCGUUUAUUAUGCGAAUAUAGAUGCUAUGGAGCUUCAACCAUCUGCUUCCUGUGGAAAAGAAAAUGGAAAGCGAAGUAAAGACUUGUCAAAUAAAUUAUUAGUUAAAGAUGGCUGGAGGGUUUCGAUAUAAGAUUUGGGAUCCUCCAUUGAUUAUUUCACAAAUCAUCACAAUGCAGGCAGUUUAUUACAUUGGUCUUGGUAUAUGGAUUGCCUUUAUGGAUGUCUUCACUGGACAUCACAGAUCACUUGAUAGUAUCUUCAAAUACCAGGAGAUCCAAAUAAAAGAGGUACAUGGUAGAGCGGUAAUGGCUGCAUUUAUUCUCAAUGCACUGACUGGAUCCUUAGGACUUUGGAAAAUCGUUCAAAGAACAAAGCAGUGUCUUGAUUUCACAAUAACAGCCCAUUUUCUACACAUGUUGUGCUGUUGGCUUUAUAAUGGACAUCUUCCUUCUCAGCCUUCCGUGUGGCUCCUUCAUCUUGUUACCAUAACGCUAAUGUGCGUUCUUGGAGAAUAUCUGUGUAUGAGGACUGAGAUGCAGAAUAUCCCUGUGAUGAGUUCAAAAGUUGAUCUGUGAAUAGUAUGUCAGUUUUUAUACUGUAUUUAUAUUAUUUUAUUUUCUAUAUUUGUAAUAAUAGUCAAUAUUAGCUAGUGAAAAUUAUCUAGGUGUUAAAAAAAGAAGAUACCUGUAAAGCUUGUAUGAACCAUUUCCACUUAGGCAUAUAGGGUAUUUUAGGAAAUAUUUUUAACUGGAGGUUUGUGAUAUGGAUUUUAGUAUUGAGAAUGUUUAAAGUAUUUUUUUUCUUUCUUUUAUUUUGGACAUAGCCAGGUAGGAUGGCAGUCCCAGUACAUCCAAAGAAUUCAGAUGAUUUUGUUGUUAAUCUUUGUGUAUGAAGUCAUCCAGUGAGACAAUAUGAAGCUUCCAAAUAUUACCUUCCAUGUAGAUGAAGGCUAGAAGAAACAAAAUGGACAGAUGUAUGAAAUUUUGAAUACCUCACUUUAUAAUAGGCUUCUCUCUCCUUUCAUAUUCUCUCUCUCUCUCUCUCUCUCUCUCUCUCUCUCUCUCUCUCUCUCUCUCUCUCUCUCUCUCUCUCUCUCUCUCUCUCUCUCUCUCUCUCUCUCUCUCUCUCUCUCUCUCUCUCUCUCUCUCUCUCUCUCUCUCUCUCUCUCUCUCUCUCUCUCUCUCUCUCUCUCUCUCUCUCUCUCUCACCCAGUAAUUGCCUUUUGUCUUAUGACUGCAUAUGUAGAAAACCACUCCUUGAAAAUACAGAAAUGUUUUAUAGCAUGUUUAAUAUGUCAAAUGAAAGUCAAACCACUGUGUAAUAAUAUGUAACUGUUUUGCAUCAUGCACAAUGGACUAACAUUGGAUAAAUAGAAUGAAGAGCAAAGAACUAUAUUUUUUACUAAAUGUUUUGUUUCUUUAUUCCUAUUGGUUAUUUUUUAUAAUAAAACAAUAAAAGUUGUGAAAGAAACAAGCAUAAACUUUUAGUGUUUUUAUUCUUUAGUUGAUAGGAUGAUUAUUAAUGAUGAUUGUAGUAAUUUUACUAGUACUGCUAUUAAUGCUGAUGAUGGUUAUGAUGUUAUUUUGUUUUGUUUUUUGUAAAGAUCUAUAUUUUUUCCAUUAAAUAUAUCAUAUUCUCAGCUCUUUAUAUAAAUUAAGCAUUGGUUCCCAGUCUGUUAACUGGUAGAUUUCAAGAGUUCAUGUUUAGAUGGUUCCACAAGUGAAUUGUCACCAAGGUGUCAAUUCCUAGGUCUGUCUGACUGUACCUGAUUAUCCCUUUCACUAAAUUUUUCAGAUUUUUUUAAACAUUACUGCUAUUAUUACUAAGAUAUUGAAGCUGAUAAUCAUAAUAAUAGAAAGUAACUGUUAAUUCUUUUUACUCAGAAUUCAAAGAAUCAAGUAAACAGAUAAGAUCAGAUAUGGAAAGUAAUUAUUUCUUUAGUAACCCAGUGCUUGUGAAGUCUGCUAUAUGUAAACAAAAUUAAUGAAACAAAAACCAUAUUAGACAGUGCAUGUACCUGGUGCUAAUGGGUCAACCAUUAGGCCUCCGUUUUGAUGGUACCCCUCCCCCACACAGACACACAUACACAUACACAUAAUUCAACAUGACUCUACUGAAGCACAGUUGCUGGAAGCCAAGUCUUUCCAAGGUGAGUUGCUCAUGUAUAUUGAUGUGAGUAUGCACUCAUUAGUGACAUAGUAAAUAAGCACCCUAUAACUCAAGAAAUCUUUUAUUGGGAACUAUUAACCACAAACACUCCCUCUUCCAAUCAUGGCUCAUGAAUGGUGCAUUCCACACAUUUACUGGUGUAACUAAUGAAGAAUCUCUAAUGGUCAUGUUACCUGGAUCCAAGGGGUUCAUUGAAAAGUGGGUAAAAAUGUGAAAUUCCUAGAGAUUAAAGUGUCAUUCAGUAAAGUACUAUGCAUUUUAUGUUUCCCAUUAAGUAUAUGAAUAUUUUAAUGGUAUUACUUUAUUAUACAAUGUAAAUGAGAUUUAGCAUUUCAGGAUGAUCAGAAACAACAUGUACAAUGAAAAUAUGGAAAACUAUGUAUAUAAGUAAGAAGCAAAUAAAAUGUUAAUUUA